AUGCGACACGACGAGGCGACAUCUUGCAUGGAGUCAUCCGUGGAGGUGACUUGCGGAGUCCGGUACAUUUACUUAGCGCUCGGAUGCCUUCUUUGCCUCCUCAUGUCCUACUGCGGCGCCAUGCUGAGCAAGGAAGACGUCCACGACGAGCAAAGCUGGUAUUGUGGAGACUCCGCGUACCGCAGGUACGAACUGGGAUGGAUGGUUCUGAACAUGCUGGGCAUUUUUAUGACUCCAGACGUGCAGACGGCAUCCAUGGAAGCACCAGCUGAAGAUGAUGGAGUUGUGCGAGAGAUCGUGGAGGAGGCUCUUCAUUGUGAGCGUGAUCCAGUACCAAAGGACUCGGGUUCAGCCCCUCUUCGAAUCUUCUUCCUCGAUGAUUCUGAUGAUGACGAUGAGGACUCCGCCCAGGACAUCCAGCAGUCGGAGGUUGAUUGGUACAAUAUGGAGAAGGACCAGGGUUCGGCCCCUUUUCAAGUCUUCUUACUGGAUGAUUCUGAUGACGAAGAUGAGGAGGUCGAGCAGUCAGAG